AUGAAUUUCGAUAUCCCACAAGAUUUAACCAAGUACAUUGGUUCUCUCGAUAAGUUUAUCCAAGACACAAUACUGCCUUUGCAGCAAUCCGACGAUAAUAAUCGUUUCUUUGAUCAUCGUCGAGAAUAUUCACGGACAGACUGGGAUAAUGGGGGCAUACCACGAAAAGAAUGGGACCAGCUUCUUGCGAAAGCUCGAGCUCUGGCCGAUAAGGCGGGCUUCUACCGCUUUGCUCUGCCAAAAGUAUACGGUGGACAAGCCAAUCCGAGCUCAAACCUCUGGAUGUGCGCAAUUCGGUAUCAUUUGGCUUCCCACCCCAUAUAUGGUGGUGGUGUAUCGCUGGCGAACGACCUGCAAAACGAGCACAGCGUGGUGGGCAAUUUCCCAGAUGUGCUCAUGAUUCACCACUUUGGGAAUGAGGAACAACGCCGUACACUCAUUCCCGCAAGGCUUCAAGGUCACUUCCGCACGACCUUCGGCUUAACAGAGCCAAAACAUGGAAGCGAUGCUACAUAUAUGGAAACGAGGGCCCGCCCGGCUCGCGGGGAAUAUCCACCGCAAUCUGGGCAUAUGGUGGACGGAUUUGUCCUCGACGGAGCCAAGAAGUGGCAGAGCGGUGCGCAUCAUUGCACUCAUAUGCUGAUCUUUGCACGGACAUCAGGCAAGCCGGGCUCCUCGCGCGGAAUCACUGCAUUUCUAGUUCCGAGAAACACUCCUGGAGUUGAAAUCGUUAGCUAUGAAUGGACGUUUAACAUGCCUACAGAUCAUGCCACAAUUGCAAUUGACUCUGUAUUUGUCCCACGUUCUGCGGUCCUUGGGGAAGUAGACGCAGGCCUUGCCAUUGCACAAACAUUCGUUCACGAGAACAGAAUCCGCCAAGCAGCGUCCUCAUGUGGUGCAGCCAAAUUUUGCCUUGAUCGGUCAAUCGAAUAUGCUCGAUCCAGAAACGUUUUUGGAAAGGCGCUGGCAGAAAAUCAAGCCAUCCAAUUCCAAGUGGUCGAGUUGAUGACUCAAGUGGAGAUGUUACGGCUUCUCAUUCUUCGAACGGGAUGGGAAAUGGACAAAAUUGUUGCAGAAUGUGGGGGCCAUGCAGACGGCCCUGUUCCCACGGGAAGUAAGAAGCCGUGGGUUGAGAUCGAGAAGAGGCUCAGCGACAAAGUUGCAAUGUGCAACUACUGGGCAAACCGGCUGUGUUGUCAGGCAGCUGAUCGGGCCAUACAGAUCCACGGCGGUAACGGGUAUUCUCGCCACCAGCCUUUUGAGCAUAUCUAUCGACAUUUCCGCCGUUAUCGCAUCACUGAAGGGUCUGAAGAAAUCCAAAUGCGCAAAGUCGCCGCGUACAUCUUCGGGUACUCAGGACCGAAGAGGGCUGAGUUUGAGAAAGCUCAGGAGCAAUCGAAACUUUAG